AUAAUAAAUAAAAAGUGACACUGACCUGCUGAAAGAUUGCCUUAACAUUUCUAUAAGGUAGAUUUUAUAGAUUUUAUGAGUGUAUUUUAAUAAAAUUAAUUAAUUUUAUUCUCUAUACAAGUUCAAAAAUCAUAAAAGUUCAGUGAUGGAGGAAAACGUAAACAAAAAAAUGGAUAUUUCAGAAGACCAACUAACACUUGCAGGGGUACCUCUUUUCUUGAGAAAAUUAUGGAAGCUUGUCAAUGAUCAAGAAAAUGAACACAUCAUUUGCUGGAAUAAAACAGAAAAUGGCUUCCUCAUAUUGGAUCAGUUAGAAUUCAUCAUGAAAUUAUUACCUCAUUAUUUCAAACAUAACAAUAUGUCCAGCUUUGUGAGGCAGUUGAAUUUUUAUAACUUUCACAAAGUUGCUAGUGUCAAUGAUGAAAUAGAAUUUGUUCAUAAAUGUUUUAUAAAAGGAGUACCAGAGGUGCUGAUUUUAAUAAAAAGAAAAAGCUCUGUUGUCAAACAAAAAGGAUUGAACAUGGAUGAAGAGCUCAAAGAUUUCCUGAAUGAUGUUAAAAAUUUGAGAAAUAAGAAUGCCUUGAUUCAAAAAGAGUUGAUACUACUGAAACAGGAAAACAUGACACUGUGGAGUGAACUCAAUUCCCUGAGAACCAAGUAUGAAAAACAAUCAUCAAUCAUCAAUAAAUUGAUCAAUUUCUUGAUAUCAUACAUCCAUACACAUCAAACUUCUUAUGGUAAUGAGCAGAAUAUGGGUGUUCCAAGAAGAUCAAAUCAAAAUAACCUCAAAUCAAGUCCAAAGAUUUUAGAAUUGGAUUACAGAGACAAGCAAAAAAAUGUUGGUAACAAAACAGAUGAAACCUCAUAUGCUAUGUUCCAACCAGGUUCCAGUAACUCCCAUGGUACAAUCACUUAUUCAGUCAAAAUACCUGAGAGUCUCUCUAAAACCAAGAAAAAUGUGCCAUCUUUACAGGAAAUUCUAUCACAAAAUCAUGGCUCCCACAGUCAUAAUAAUGAGCUGAGAUUUCCAAUGAAUUUGAAUAGGGGAACCCAAAGUGAUGAAAUCACAUAUUCUAUAAAAUUACCUGCAGAUCAAACUGGAAAAAUGGUAUCAACAGACAUUCAGAAGUCCCUCUUUGAACUUCUAAAUGAAAACAAGAGAUUAUCUAUGGAAAACUCUUUAGAAGAUCUCCUAACUGAAAUUAAUGCUGUGGAUGAACCUGUUAUGGAUAUGGGAGUAGAAUUUAGGAAACCUAUUCAAGAAUUUGAGCCUGCAUUUUCAAAUCAUGCAGGAAAUACAUGUUAUACUGUGAGUUAUCCAAAGGAACUUGUACAGAACAUACAAUCUCAAAAAGAUACAUCUGUAACAACAUCCAUCCUGCAAACUCAAAAAAAUGACUCAUCUACAGCUCCUGCAAAAUUCUCAAAAAUUAUUGAAGUGAACAACAAUAUGAAUACACAGCCUGAAUUCACAGACACGAAAAAAAAUUCAAGUCUUGGUGAAAUUAGAAGUCAAAAAGACAAUUCCACAGACUUUCAACCAAACUUAUAUACUUCUAAUAAUGAAGAACUGUUUGAUCCAAGUCCCAGUGGAGUCUCAUCAAAAUCUUUCAAAGUUAUCAAGACAAAUAAUCCAAAUGAGUCCAUUGAAAUGGUGAACCAAUCUCUACUUGAUAUAUUAAAGGAGAAUGAAAAUUUGUCUGGUGGAAGUACAAAUGAUUAUACAUUGGGAACUCAGCUAGAAAAUUCUAUUGAGGAUUCUACAGUUGUUCCUUUGGACACUUUGAAGAAGUUAGAUGUCUUUCCACAAAGAAACAUGGAGUCAACUUCACCAAUUCUUGAACCUGCUUCUAAUAUAGAAAUUGAGUAUUUUGUUGAAGCACCAGAUCCAAAUUUGAAUCUGAGCAGUGAUAAAAUGGAAUGGUCAGUACUUCAGCAGCCAAUGAAUAGUAACAGUAUUUCACCAUCAGUAUCUGUAGGAUCUAAGAAUUAUAAUAUAUUAUCAAAGCCAAAUUCAUAUGUAGGCCAAGUUGCAUGUCCUAUUAAAAACAAGCCCAGUCUAGGUGGAAAUAGACAACACCAAAGAAAUACAAAUUUGCAAAUGAAUAAAGCAACGUCUACUAAAGUUGAAGCAAGAAAAAGGCUCAAAUCUGCUGACACUGAAGCCAUCUUGAAGUCUUUUAAGACAAAGCCAGUUAAAAUGACUGACUCUUUACUUGACAUUUCAAGAGGGAAGGAAAGUUUGUCUUGUGAAAAUCCUAAUGAUGGAUUAUUGAGAACACAUGGAAAUUCUAAAGUUGUUCCUGGUAAAACCAAUAACCAACUAAUGCAAAAGAUGAGAUUAUUGUCAAAGAAAUAUGGGAAACAAAUUAUUGAAAUGCCUUCAGAUAUAAGUACUGAUGAAUUACCAGGAACUAUGGAACCCACAGUUCAAAACCCAGAAAUCAGGGAUAAUAUUUCAUCAUCAUCAGUACCCUUAGGGUCACAAAAACUCAAUUUAUUGAGAAAUCCCAAUGUCAGAAAAGUUUAUAAAGCUGGCAAUGAAAUUGCCUACCCUAUUAAAGAUAAGUCAAUGCUGGUUGGAAGUCAUCAAAGACCAAGCAAUACAAAAUUGCAAAUAAAUACGGACACUCCUGCUGAAAUAAAAAGAAUUGUGAAUUCAAGGAAACGGCUCAAAUCUGCUUGUGCUGAGCCUACUUUGAAAUCUUUCAAAAUUCCUAAAACAAAAUCUAUAGGAAUAGAAGAUUCAAAAGAAUCCAAGGUGAAACAAUCUUUACUUAAUAUCUUGAAGGAGAAUGAACAUUUGUCUGUGGAAAACCCUAAGAAUACCAUAAUUGUUCCUUCUGAUCAACCAAUGAGGAAUAUAGAACUUUUAUUACAGGAAAAUGGAGAGCCAUUGGUCCCUAUUGAAUCACCUGCUGCUUCUGAUGAGAUUGAAUGUCAGUAUAUUGUUCAAACACCUGAUUCAAAUUCAAAUCCUGGAAUUGAUGAUGUGGAACUAACUGAAAUUCUAGACCAAAAUCUUGAUGAACUUCCUGAAACAAUUCCAGAAUUAACAGUAGAAAAGUCACCAAACACUGACAUCACUCCACCGUUUCCAUUAUCUGUAGGAAAUGAUGAAUUCAAUAUAUUGGAGAAUCCUAAUUCAUAUUUAGAGAGUCCACAAGAUGAUCUGAAUGCAUUACAAGAGAUCCUCAAUAAUUUGGAUUCAAAAGAUUUGAGUGAUAUUUUGAGUAAUGAAAGCAAUAUGAAUGUAGAAAAUUUGAGUUAUUUAGAUGAUGAAAAUCCUAUUGACAUACCAAUGAGUCAGGCUAAUUCUAGUGUGCAAGAGGAUGGAACAAAUCACAGGUCAAAUUCACUUCUUGAUUCAACUGCAUUGGUUGAUCAAUAUUUCAGUCCUCAUUUCUUUGACCAAAAUGUACAAUAAUAGCUAUUCAUUAUACAGGAUUGCUGAAAAUUCUGAAUAUAUGGACAAAUAAUCCGAAAACCAUUUUUCAAAUUUGGAAAAAAUCUACAGGGCCAUCGAGAGAGAGCUGUUUUAUAAUAAUAUAGUUGAUUGAAAAAUUAUGCCGCCAUUGUUGGCUUUUUCGAAAAUUUUAUCAUUCUCAAAUAGGGUAUAUAGGAACCUACCGGUCCAUCAAGUUCAACCCCCAACUGCUACUGCUACUCAGUAAAAUUUAACUUAUAGUCCUAUACACCCUCUGUCCAAGAUAUGAGGAUGUCUAUUAUGGAGAUCUCGACAACCAUAAGAGAGACAAAGAUGAUUAAAUUAGCGAAAAGUUGCCCAUUUUAAAGCCCAACAAAAAAUGCAGUUUAGAAAGUUUUAAAUUUUCCUAUUUCGUUUUUGUUGUUUUCUGACGGUAUCUAUAAGUCUAAUGACUGCUGGUCUAGAAUUAAUACCACAGGUGGUUAAGUAAUAAACGUACUUACAGUUAACUUAU